AUGCUGGAGGGAGUUGGUGAGUCUGUGAGGAAGUUAAACAACAUGGCUGCUCAGAGCUUUGUUGCCAUCUCUGACCUUCACCCCAAUUUUUCACAUCAGAGGGUGGCUGGUGUCAUCAUUGGAAAAACUGAUGUCAGGAGCUUUCCUGACAGAAAAAAUAUUGGUUUUGACAGAUUCACUUUCGGCUUCACGAUCAAAGACUCACCAAACUGCUUCAUCAACGUGUCAGCCUGGGGAAAUGAUGGCUACAUCAACUUGCUGUCCAACAGCUUCAGUUUUGGAGACUGUGUCAUCAUUGAAAAUCCCUUAGUUGCGUCUAAAGAUCCGGAGAAAGACGACAGGUUCUGCCCUGCAACACCAAGCUUGUACAGGUUGCUGUUGACGGAGGCUCACUCCCGGGUGUAUCUGUGUGCUGACACAGACACCAUCGACCGACUGCUGCCUCUCAUCCACCAACCAGUGAAGGACUCCAGAGACUUCUACUCUCUUGGAGACAUAAUGGCCAACGGGCAGAGCCUGGACGGCAACGUGAUCAAUAUACUGGCUGCAGUAAAAUCGAUUGCAGAGCCCAAGCAAUUCACUACUUCAGAUGGCCGCAAAGGGCAGAGGCUGGAAGUGAAGCUCUUUGAUGACUCUGUCACUUCUUUCUCCUUAGUCUGCUGGGACAGAGAGGCCAUUCAGCUCAUACAAACUUUGAUACCCAAGGAGACGGUGCUCUUCAUAGCAGAUGCAAAGAUUGGUUUUGACAGUUUUCGCAACUGUAUGACAGCAACAGUUAACUCCAAAACCAUAAUCACUGUCAACCCUGACACCAAGGAGGCCAGCCUGCUGUUCAGCUAUGCUAAACAGGUGUCUGAGUCUGGAGCUCUGGAGGAAGAUGAGAAGCCAGAAGAUGUGCCUGUGGACUCCAUCAGUGAUGUGUACACAGUGAGGGAGCUGAAGCAGAAGGCCCAGGAGAGCCCUGAGGCUUUCUUUGGCAUCACUUACAGCUUCAUCUCCAGGUUGGACCUUGACUCCUCUCUGUCAAAAGUCAUAAAGACUCGCUGCUCCAGGUGCAAAUAUCAAGUAACUGAGGACAUACAGAACUGCACCAACCCAUCAUGUCCAGGAAGGGACCAGGCCCUGUCAGUGAGCACAGUGUUCGACCUGUGGGUGGACAUCACAGAUCACACCGGCACUCUGCAGGCCUGCACCCUCCGAAGCCCAGUCGCAGAGAAGACUCUCGGCUGCACUGUGGAGGAGUUUACCAGUUUGACUGAGAACGGGCGGACUGCACUGAGGUGGAAAUUUCUCUUGGAGAGAUGCAAAAUAUAUGUGAGGGUUCUCCCAUCUGCCAAGUUGAGGGGUGGGAUCAAGGGGACGAUUCUUGCCUGUGCCUUGGCUGAUCCAGGGGAGGUGAAACAAUACAUGUCUGCCUUGCUGUAGCCGACUGUAAUCACCAAAACACGUAGAGCACAGACUGAGCAGGCGAGCAGAUAUGUUGUGGUUAUAGCUGCCUUAUUCACCUGG